AUGUUUCCCCAAAGGUGGUUCAAAGCAGAAGAUCACCACGCAGAUUUGGUCAACUUUGCUAGAAAUUGGCGUGGAGAUCGAACGGUGCAUGUCCUCGAUUGCUUUGGGUAUUCGCGUUCCAUCUCGUGCCUUGCCAUCACUAAGCUUGCAGAUGCUUGCAGACAUUUGCAGAAACAUGACAAAUACAUACAAAUACUGGCAAUUUAUGGCAAUUUCCUGUUGGGUUGGCCAGGGGCGGGGUUGAAGGAGGGCGGGGCCAUCAUAGCGGGGCCACCCUGCUCUCUUUUCGUGAAUGCUUGCGUGUCAUUGCACCGGAGAGCAUCAUGGAGGUUGCGAGGAGAUGAAUCAGUGUGGAAAGUGAGAUUAGCCAACCGCAUUUGGAAGAACUUUGCGCAGCUGAUCAAGAUCUUGGUUGAGUCAGACCGUGGAAUCCACUUUUUGGUGGAACAGCCGGCACAGUCUUGGGCUUUUAAACAGGAUUGGAUGAAAGACGCCGCGCAAGCGGCUGGAAUGUUCGUGGUGGUGACGUGGAUGGCAUUCUUUGGCACAGACCUUCUCAAGCCCACACACCUCCUCACGAACCUGGUGCCAGCCAAAUCUUUGCGACGCAAGAUGACGAAGGCACAUCGAUUGAAAUUCAAGGCGAGGCUGGAAAAGCGCAAUCUCCGGCGCAAAGUACCACGAGUCUACCACAAGGAGAUCGUCAAAGCCGAUGGCAGCAAGGGCUGGCAAGGGUGCAAAGACUUAGCGUCCUCUGCGCAUUACACAGCCUGGUUUGCCAAGGCGGUCCUGAAGUGUUGGGAACAAAGCCUCAAUGAGGAUGGUGGGUUGAAUGCAGAGCCAGAGAUACCGGAGGAUGCGCAGAAUCAG